AACAAAACUUGUCUUCCUUUUAUACAGCUUUGCUGGUUUACCGACUUUUUAAAAGACGUUUUUUAUUUUAACUCAGAAGUAGAUCUACCAGAUACGUGUUUUUAUCAGUAUUAAAUAUAAAUUAAGGUGUCCAAUUAUGUUAGACUCAGACAUUGAAAAUGAAUGUAAGAGACUAAUGAUGGGGACUAUGAAAAUUCAAAAACAUAAUAUUCGUACACGAUUUUGUCAAAAAAUACACGCUGUUGAGAUGUAUUAAAUUAAAAAAAAAGCCAUGUUCAUCAAACAAGUAAUUAUUCACGGGUUUAAGAGUUACCGUGAACAAACCGUGGUCGAACCAUUUGACAAGAGACAUAACGUUGUUGUUGGCCGUAAUGGAUCAGGAAAAAGUAAUUUUUUCUAUGCUAUUCAAUUUGUGCUCAGUGAUGAGUUUUCUCAUCUUCGACCUGAACAACGUCAAGCAUUGUUACAUGAAGGAACUGGACCUAAAGUUAAUUCUGCUUAUGUGGAGAUAAUUUUUGACAAUACAGAUAACCGAUUACCAAUAGACAAAGAAGAAGUAGUAUUAAGAAGGGUUAUCGGUGUUAAAAAAGAUCAAUAUUUUUUAAAUAAAAAAAUGGUACCAAGAAGUGAUGUAACUAAUUUAUUGGAAUCUGCUGGGUUUUCUCAUUCAAAUCCAUAUUAUAUUGUUAAACAAGGUAAAAUAAAUCAAAUGGCUACUUCCCCCGACUCACAUAGACUUAAACUAUUGAGAGAAGUAGCUGGUACUCGUGUGUAUGAUGAACGUAAAGAAGAAUCAAUUGAGAUAUUAAAAGAUACUCAAACAAAAUUAGACAAAAUUGUAGAAUUUAUUAAAACUAUUGAAGAUCGCUUAAGUACUUUAGAAGAGGAAAAAGAAGAAUUAAAAGAAUAUCAAGUAUGGGAUAAAAAAAGAAGAAGCCUAGAGUAUUGUAUUCAUGAUAGAGAACUUAAAGAAACACAAAGAAAACUAGAAGAGUUAGAAAGUCGAAUAACUGAUGUAGAUGAAGAACAAAAACGUCUUACUGCAAAAGUGAAAGAAGCAGCACAUGAAGCUAAAAAAUCUACUAAACACUUACGUGAUGCAAAACGUCUGGUACAUAAUGUUAAAGAAGAUAAGGAUACACUGAAUUUAGAGCAACAAGAAUUAAUAAAGCAGAAAACUAAAUUAGAUUUUACAAUUAAAGAUCUUACUGACGAAGUCCAAGGUGAUAAUAACUCUAGAGAAAGAGCUGUCAGAGAAUUAGAGAAGCUUCAAGAUACUAUUAAAACAAAAGAAUCUGAUUUACAUGAAAUAAAACCUAAGUAUGAAGCUCAAAAGAAAAAAGAAGAAGAUUGUACUAGAGAACUUGGACUAAAAGAACAAAAACGUAAGGAAUUAUAUGCUAAACAAGGACGUGGAAGUCAGUUUGCAUCCAAAGAAGAUAGAGAUCAAUGGAUUCAAAAAGAAUUAAGAUCCUUAACUAAACAAAUUAAAGACAAAACUGAUCAUAAAGAAAAACUAACGGAAGAUUUAAAAAAAGAUGCUGAACGUUUAAUAGAACUUGAAAAUUUAGUGCAUACUAACUCAAGUGAAUUAGAAAAACAAAGAACUGCUAUUGACGAAUACAAUAAACGGUAUUAUGAACUUAAAAAAAGUAAAGAUCAGUAUCAGAGUCAAAGAAAUGAAUUAUGGCGUAAAGAAAGUACAUUGCAACAAACAUACUCAACAUUAAAAGAAGAAUUAGCUAAAGCUGAUCAGUUGCUUCGGAGUAUGGCUGGUAAAGCCAUUUUAAAUGGAAGAGACAGUGUACGUAAAGUUCUAGACAUUUUUAAAGAACGGGGAGGAUCUCAGGCCAUUCUUGCUAAACAAUACUAUGGCCAAGUAAUUGAAAAUUUUGAUUGUGAUGAAAGCAUACAAACAGCUGUUGAAGUAACUGCUGGUGGAAGAAUGUUUUUCCAUAUUGUUGAAUCCGAUAAGAUUGGAACCCAAAUCUUAAAAGAAAUAAAUAACCAGAAUUUACCAGGUGAAGUAACAUUUAUGCCUCUUAACAGAUUAACAGCCAGACAUAUAAAAUAUCCACAAUCUAAAGAUGCUAUUCCAAUGGUUAACAAGUUAAACUAUGAAUCGCACUUAGACAAAGCUAUGAGAUUUAUUUUUGGCAAAACUUUGAUAUGUCGUAAUCUAGAAAUUGCUACAAGUAUAUCUAAACAAAGUAUGUUAGAUUGUAUUACAAUUGAUGGAGAUCAGGUAUCAUCAAGUGGUACCCUUACUGGAGGUUAUUUUAAAAAUGUCCGAUCUAAAUUAGAAAUUCAAAAACAGCGUAAUGAUUUAAUGGCUCAAAUAAAAGAAUCUGAAGAGCAGUUAACUGUACUAAGAACACAAUUAAACGAAGUUGAAGGAAAUGUUAAUGUAGUUAUGGCAGAUAUGCAAAAAACUGAAACCAAAAACAGUAAAGCCAAAGGAAAUUUUGACAAAUUAAAAGGUGAUAUUAGGCUUAUUAAAGAAGAAAUGGUUGGAAUCGAAAGAUAUCGAGUGACAAAAGAACGGCUACUUGUAACAGCUUCUUCAAAUUUAGAAGCGAUGCAAACUACAAGGUCUGGACUUGAAUCAGAACUGCAUCAAGAACUUAUGGCACAAUUAUCUGUAACAGAUCAAAAAGAAAUGGAUAAACUUAAUAAUGACAUAAAACAACUAACAUUAGAGAAUAAAACGGCAUUUUCAAUACGUAUGAAAUUAGAAGCAGACAAAAAUAAAUUGGAAAAUCUUUUAACUAACAAUUUGAUUCGUCGUAGAGAUGAAUUAUUACAAGCAUUACAAGAAAUAUCUGUUGAAGAACGCAAACGUACAUUAGAAAGUAGCCGGUUAGAACUAAAUGCCAUUGAAAAAAAAUUAGAUACAAUUAAUGUAGACAUGAAAAAUAUUGAUGUAAAAGUGCAUGAAGCUGUUAAGAGGCAAAAAAAAUGUCAAGAAGAAUUGGAUAAAUGGAAGGUUCAAGAAAAAGAAGCUCAAGAUAGACUGGAAAAUGAAACUAAAGAUCUCUGUAAAGUAUCUUCUAAACAAGAUAUGUUGCGUAAGAAAUUAGAAGAAUCAGAAUCUAAAAUUAAUGAACUUGGAGCUUUACCCAAUACAGAUUUGGUUACCAAAUAUAUGUCGUAUUCAUCAAAAAAUCUUUUUAAAGAGCUAGAAAAAGCCAAUAGUCAUUUAAAACGGUUCAGUCAUGUUAACAAAAAAGCAUUGGAUCAGUUUAUAAAUUUUUCAGAACAAAAAGAAAAACUUGUCUCUAGAAAACAAGAACUUGACCGUGGUUAUGACAAAAUAGAACAAUUAAUGAGAGUCCUAGAGCAGCGAAAAUGUGAUGCAAUACAGUCUACAUUUAAACAAGUUUCAAAAUAUUUUUCAUACGUUUUUUCCAAACUUGUUCCUGCUGGUCAUGCUAAACUUGUCAUGAAAACUGUUGGAGGUGAAGAGUCAACAAAGAUUAAUAUGAAAGAUGAGACUAGUGUUGGCAAUUAUUCAGGUGUAAUGAUCAAAGUGUCAUUUGUAGGACAAGGAGGUGAAAUGCGAGAAAUGAAUCAACUUUCUGGUGGUCAAAAAUCUCUUGUAGCAUUAGGUUUAAUAUUUGCUAUUCAAAAAUGUGAUCCAGCUCCAUUCUAUUUAUUUGAUGAAAUUGAUCAAGCAUUAGAUCCUCAACACAGGAAAGCUGUUGCUGAUAUGAUACAUGAAAUGUCUUCAGAAGCGCAAUUCAUUACUACAACAUUUAGACCAGAACUGCUGCAACAUGCGCAUAAAUUUUAUGGUGUUAAGUUCCGUAAUAAAGUCAGUCAUGUGGAAUGUGUUACCAGAGAGGAUGCUCAUGAUUUUGUUGAAGAUGAUACAACCCACGGGUAAAAGUAUUUUAUUAUUAUAGUCUAUAAAGAGUGAUGUACUAAAUUUUUGUUCAAGUCAUAAAUUUUAAACAUGUCCCCAAAUGCAGGUUAGGUUAGGUAUGCCACUUCCUGUAAGAUAGUUGUUCCAAUGUUUUAAUCGCACAAUAAAAAAUGUAUAAUCAAGCAAAUUUUAAAUAUAAACUUAUCAAAAUUAAUUAUAAUCUUGCCAUUGUUAUACAUAUUAAAUCAUAUGUAGGAUGACUAUUCAAACUGUAAGACAGUAUUUUUAUUAGUAGUUUAAUCCUGGUGAGAAAAAUGAAAAUUCAGUGUUGUUUAAAUAAAAACAAAAUUAUGCAAUUUAAUUAUACUAAAAUGUUAACAAAUAUUAUUAGAUGGAUAAUAUAUGUCAUUUAAUGUGUAUACAUGAAUUUUAUAUGGGUUUAUGUAUUUAUUAUGUGAUUUAUUCUUAGCAUACUGACAUUAUUGUCAUGUGUUAUGUGUUCCUGUUAUUUUACCACAGUGAUAGCACUUUAAAUAAGAAGCAUACUUAUUAGAUCACCCGAAAUACUUUUACUUAAUAGUUUUAAGUUCAGACAAUACAAACUUAUAGUUAUCAAAUAUGUAAGAAUAAAAUACUGUAUUGUCUAUCAUUUCAUAAGAGUUAGUUUUGAAUUUUUGAGGUUCAACUGUACUUUAGUCACAAAUUUAAUUUUGUACUUCUCUUACUUAAUUAUAAAGCAUUUAAUAUUGUAAUAAGUAAAAUGU